UCCACGCAUCUCUCUAUAUAUAGUACUCAGCCAGCAACUUCAUCACCUUAAUCAUUUCUCUCUCUUUUUGCUUUUAAAUUUGUAUUGGUUACAGAGAGAGAAGUUGGUAAGCUAAGCUAAGGUUAUAAUAUUAUCCAUGGAGGAGGUGAUGAUGGACGUCGUUCUGGUGUCUUUGGGGCUUAUCUUUUUCCUGCUAUGGUGGCGCUACUGCAGGUCAGUUGUUGGUGGCGGGCCUAAGAACCUGCCGCCUGGACCGCCAGGAUGGCCGAUAGUGGGAAACCUAAUCCAAGUCAUCCUCCAACGUCGGCACUUCAUCUACGUCGUCCGCGACUUGCGUGCAAAGUACGGACCAAUCUUCACCAUGCAGAUGGGGCAGCGGACUCUCAUAAUCGUCACCAGCUCCGACCUCAUCCACGAGGCCCUCGUCCAGAGAGGUCCCGAGUUCGCGUCCCGCCCUGCUGACUCCCCCAUCCGCCUCCUGUUCAGCGUCGGAAAGUGUGCCAUCAACUCUGCAGAGUACGGUCCUUUCUGGCGUACCUUGCGGAGAAACUUCGUCACCGAGCUGAUCAACCCGGCGAGGAUAAGGCAGUGUAGCUGGAUCAGAAACUGGGCUAUCAAAUCCCACAUGGACAGGCUGAUAAAAUCCGACGAUGGCAUCGUCCAUGUGAUGAGCGAGUGCCGGCUCACCAUCUGUAGUAUCCUCAUAUGCUUGUGCUUUGGGGCGAAGAUCUCCGAUGAGAAGAUAAAGACGAUCGAGAGCGUGUUGAAAGACGUUAUGAUGAUGACAACUCCAAAGCUCCCCGAUUUCCUGCCGGUGCUGACUCCUUUGUUUCGCCGGCAGGUCAGGGAAGCGAAGGAGCUGAGGAGGAGGCAGUUGGAGUGUUUGGUUCCACUCGUUAGAGACAGAAAAGCAUUUGUUCUUCAAAGUGAUAAUGUUGAGGAUGAAAAAGUUAAUAAGAUAAUGGUGAGUCCAAAGGGUGCUGCUUACAUUGACUCCUUGUUUGAGCUGGAGGUGCCUGUAAGAGGGAAAGACCGCGGACGCAGGCGGUUGGAAGAGGAGGAGCUCGUGACGCUAGUCUCCGAAGUCAUCAAUGCUGGUACGGAUACGAGUGCUACGGCAAUAGAGUGGGCUUUGCUUCAUUUGGUGACGGACCAAAAAAUUCAAGAGAAGCUCUACAAGGAAAUCGUUGAUUGUGUAGGGACAGAUCGCAGUCCCUACACAAAUGAACAAAAGCCGCACGAAGAGGUGAUCACUGAGAGUGACGUGGAAAAAAUGAGCUACCUUUCCGCGGUGGUGAAAGAAACAUUCCGGCGGCACCCCCCGAGCCACUUCGUCCUGUCACACGCAGCCUUGGAGAACACGGAGCUCGGCGGAUACACUGUGCCCGCAGAUGCGAGCGUGGAGUUUUACACUGCAUGGGUGACUGAAGAUCCCGAUAUGUGGGAGGACCCGGGUGAGUUCCGACCGGAGAGGUUCUUAGAGGGAGGAGACGGGGUUGACGUGGAUGUGACCGGGACCAAAGGGGUGAAGAUGGUGCCGUUUGGCGCUGGCAGGCGGAUCUGCCCCGCGUGGACGUUAGGGACUUUGCAUAUCAACUUGCUGCUUGCUCGGAUGGUGCAUGCUUUUAAAUGGUUGCCGGUUCCAGAUGCGCCGCCGGACCCGACUGAGACAUUUGCUUUUACAGUUGUCAUGAAGAACCCUCUCAAGGCCAUCAUUGUGCCUAGGUCGUUCAUGUCAUCCACCAAGAUCUAAUGUUUCAAGACCAGGAUUAAUUAGCUUGGUUUAUAUUAAUUAAUUAUAGUUAUUAUAAGGCAGGGUUGUUUACUUUAGUUUAUUCAUAAUUAUGCUCUAAAUUUAUGAGAAAAAACUGUACAAGUUGGAAUUAUAAGGACUGUAAGACAAAUGUGAUUGAUACGAUGAA